UCAGUCCUCUUCCCAGCCACUUCUUUGUUCAGUGGGACGGCCCAGCUUGGCACAGUGGUCACUACGUUGUCCCGCCACGUGGCUCCCCCCAGGCUCGUGUGUCUGUGUGGACGCUAAGCCACAGCCACUGGCCCUUAGACUGGUGUCCAGCGGCAUCGCCUGCAUCAUGGUGGGCAUCGGACCCUCUGGGAGACUCCUGCUUCUGCCUCUCCUGCUGGCUGUGGGUGGUCUCAGUCCUGCCCAGGCCCAGAGUGAGUGCAAGUGCGCUACAGUUGGCCCUGGUGUGCUGGCUGGAAUCGUGCUGGGGGACCUGUUGUUGACACUCCUCAUCGCCCUGGCUGUGUACUCUCUGGGCCGGCUGGUCCCUCAGAAACGAGGGGCCGCAGAAACAGUGACCCGGAAACAGCGCGUUAAUGAGACCGAGUCACCUUACCAGGAGCUCCAGGGUCAAAGGUCGGAUUUAUACAGUGAUCUCAACACACAGAAGCCGUAUUACAAAUGAGCCUGAACCACGGCAGCCAUCUGCCUGACGCCUGGAUCUAGUCAUUCCUGAUACCCACCCGGCACCCCAUUCCUACCCCCACCGAGACACCGAUCCACAGUAUAUCCUCCUAGAGAUAUCAGCCCUCUCCCUACCACCAUCCCCCAAAUAAAAAAAUAAAGAUGGAGCACAAAAACA